UCAACCCCUUGUGCAAGUCGCAAAACCUCAUCAGUCGCAUUCUGUUUGCGUUGAUAUUUAAAUUAUAGUUUUUACGAAAUUUGUUUUUUUAGUUUAUAUUUAAAAAAGAAAAAAGUUAUUAAAAUUAUAUAUAUAUUUCUUUGAUUGUUUUUUUUAUAAUUAUAUUUUUAAAGGGUGGAAUUAUUUGUUGUUUUUUUUAUUUUGAUUAUUGGAAAGUGAAGAAUAUUGUGAUAAUAUUGUGUUGGAAAAUAAACAAAAAAAAAAAAUAUAUAAAUAAUGAAAUUUAAUAAAAUAUGAGUUGGUUUGUGAAUAAGGGCCUGAGCUUGCGGGGCCAGGCUUGAUUAUAUUAUGUUUGACUUGGUUAAAUUAUCACGAGGUGCCCGGCUAUUUAGCCUCAUUGUUUUACAAUGGUUACUCCUCGGUUUGCCGGUCCGAGGGGUCCCGGACCCCCCAGAGUUAACAACCCUUGAAGAUAUGACUGGAAGAGGAUCAAAAAAAUUUAGUGAUCAAUGCAGUGAAGACAGGGAAUGUGGUUUUCGUGGCUCAUACUGUGAUCCAAGAACAAAAAAAUGUUUUUGUCGGGAAGAAUUUGAAGUGACAAAUUAUCUUGACAAGUGUGGUCAUCCUGCUAAUGUUAAUGAAACGUGUUUUUUCACUCAACAAUGUGAAUAUCGUGUUCCUCAAACUGAGUGUCGUGAUAGACGUUGUAUAUGCAGAUUUGAAAAAAUACCACUCACAAGAUCUGAUGGCUAUGUUGAAUGCGUUGCUGAGCAACAGGCUGAUGAAAAUCUUCGAUAUGUUAAUCCAGCAAUGAUAAGCAUUCUCGUUGCCAUGGCUUUGAUGUUUAUAAUAAUUUGCGUUGUUCUUCGUUUAUUUAGCAAAGCACGAUACGGUGAAAAUAGAUCAAUAUUCAAUACUCCAAAUGCUCGAUUGAUGAAUGUAUCAUUAUUACGUGAUAAUAAUAAAUUAUUACAUGCACAGGAAAGACGUGGUUCAAAAGUAAGUCAACGUGCACCAUCACGACAACCAUCAAUGGGUUCAUUGAGAGCACAUUCACCAAAUGGCUCGCAUCCAGGUGCGAAAAACACACAGCGAGUCAAUCAACGCCAAAUGACAGACGUCUGAUUGCCAGGUUCUUCUCGUAUAGGUUCACGAAGAGGAAGUAGAGGAAGUGGUAAUGGCAAUCCAACAUCAUCAUCAGCACCAUCAACAACAAUAAAAACAUUGAAACCAUCGUCAAAUCAAAAUGAUCCAGUUAUUGAAGAUGUUACCAUUGAAAUAUCUGAUCGUGAUAUUCAAUCAUUUUAAUUAAUUAAUAAACUAGCUUUAAUAAAACUUGCUUAUAUUUCUUUUUUUUUUCAAAUUAUUAUAAUCAAACAUUUAAAAUAUAAGGAUUAUCGGUAGAGCCUUUUAUUAUUUAAUUAAUUAAAAAACGUCAACUACACCGAAUUUGAGAUUUGAUCCGUAAAAGCUAAACACUUGGCAUAAAAUUUUAACUAAAUAUUGUGAUUUAAAAAAUAAAUUAUUACUAGUAGUAUAAUUAAAAAUAUAUAAGCUUAUAAAAAAAAAAAAAUAACAUUUAAAAUAUCGAAAUAAUUAAGCACCAAUAUUAUAUGAGCAUCAACGAUUUUGCCAAUUAUUCUAUACACUGAUGCUUGUUGUAAAAAAUUUUUUAUCUUUCUUUCACGUAAAAAUAAAAAUUAAAAAAAAACACCAUACGCAUAAUAACUACUGUGUAUG